AUGCAAGAGAGUACAAUUGUGAGAGCUGACUUAGGAGUUAAUGAAACUGGUGAGGGGACCAAUGUGGUGCAAGAGAGUACAAAUGUGGAAGUUAACUUAGGAGUUAAUGAAACUUAUGUGGGGACCAAUGUGGUGCAAGAGAGUAUAAAUGUCAAAGCUGACUUAGGAGUUAAUGAAACUAAUGUGGGGAUCAUUGUGGAUGAUGAGGGGACAAACUGUGACAAUGAGGAGAAUGUGGGGACCACUGAGGAACUCAAUAGAAUUGAUGGAGAGAUAAUAGUUGAUGAUGAGGAUAUGAGUACAAAGGACAAGGCAAAGGGAAAGGCAAAUGGCAGGGAAAAGGGUAAGGGAAAUAUGGAACGAAGUGUUUCACUUGAUGUUGUGAAUGAAGGGAGAAAUUUGAAAUUUAAGAAAAAUGACAAAAGGAGGAUGAGAGUGAAGUGCAAGGAUGGUUGUCCAUGGAAGGUAUACUGUGCAAAUAUAAAAGGCAAAAAUAUUCAAAGCAAUGUUAGAGAGAGUCCAAAUUUAAAGUUGAGUGAUAUUAUGGAGAAGACACAUGAAAAGUGGAAUGUAGGAAUCAACAAGACACUUGCAUAUAGAGCAAAGACACUUGUUGUUGACAUUAUGGAUGGUUCAUUUAUGGAGCAAUAUAGAGGAAUCCAUAAUUAUGGCCAUGAACUGUUAAGGACAAACCCAGGAUCAACUGUUAAAAUUAUAAGUCAGCCAUUUCAAGGAGAAGAGGAAAAUAGUGAACACCCUGAGAAGCAAAUGAAUCCUCACUUCCAAAGGAUGUAUAUAUGCUUCAAAUCUUGUAAGGAAAAAAAUUUCAAGUGUAAACCUAUUAUAAGAUUGAAUGGGUGUUUCUUAAAGGGAUAUUAUGAUGGACAAAAACUAGUUUCCAUUGGGAGGGACCCAAAUGACCCAAUGCUUCAAAUUGCAUAUGAUGUUGUUGAGGGUGAAACUAAAGAUUCAUGGAGCUGGUUUUUAGAAUUAUUGACAGCUGAUUUGGGAGGAGUUAGAUUGUGCAAAACCUAUACCUUCAUAAGUGAUCAACAAAAGGCUACCGGAAAAAAAGAUGCAUCUUCCCAUACUGCUUUCAGGAUUAUCGACUGA